AUGGAUUACCUUGUGAUCGAGGGGUACAAGGCUGCUGCAGAGGAGUUCAGUCAGGAAGCCAAUCUUGCACCAACCAUCGACUUCGAGAGCAUCGAGAGUCGAAUGGUCAUUCGCGAAGCCCUACAACGAGGGGAUGUCGAGGACGCUAUAACCCGAGUUAACGACCUUAACCCCGAGAUCCUGGACACCAAUCCUGCGCUAUACUUUCGAUUGCAGCAGCAGAAGCUUAUCGAAUACAUACGCGCCGGAAGGAUUGAUGAAGCGUUGCAUUUUGCGCAAGAAGAGCUUGCACCACGAGGUGAAGAGUCCCCAGAGUUUCUGUCCGAACUAGAGCGCACGAUGUCGCUUCUGGCCUUUGAGACUGCGCCGAAUGCGCCGCCCGCGAUUGCCGAGCUGCUAUCACCUGCACAAAGAAUGAAGACUGCCGGAGAGGUGAACGCGGCGAUUCUGGAGAGCCUGAGCCAAGGGAAAGAAGUGAAAUUGGUGGGACUGCUUAAGCUGCUCUGCUGGGGCGAGACUUUGUUGGAGGAGAAGGCAGAGUUUCCCAAGGUAGAGAUGCAAGUUCAACCUCGACUUUAA